AUGGCGUUACCUCCUGAGCAAAUCCGCAUCAAACGUCGCCGAGAAGAAGAGCCUGUGGAGACUUUAUAUAUCCAGCCAGAAACACGUCAAACAAAAAGGCGGUUUACAGAUUUCGUGUUUCAACGCGUUAUUCUAGAUCAAGAAGAGGCUGGCGUUGGUAGCGCGUCGAAUCCUAGUCUUACGAACGAGAGAUCUACGCGUCAUUCAUGCUCGCGUACUGCUGGGAGCGGCCCAAGUGUUCCGAUUGUGAGAACUGGUUCUCCUAGUCCACAGCUGCAGGACGAAACUCAGAUACCCGCAAGUACGCCAAAGGCACAUGGAACCAGAGGCAUGGCAGUCCUAGUCAAGGAACCCCGUUCCCGAUCUUCAUCAGCAAAACUACCCUUCCGGCCAUUACCCGCACAUUCUGCCAUGCGUCGGUUCCAUAUUGCAGCCCCAGCUACUAGUCAAAACGUGCUCCGUAAAGCUGGUGGGGGUGUGCAAAAAAACAAAGGCCUAAAACAUGCUGUGGUCGUGGAACAGAAGGGCGAUGUCGCCAAGACUAUAUCUGAUUUAAAUGACAUUACCAUGGGGAAUGGCGAAGAUAUCAAUAUCCUUGGAGGGAAACCUGUCGAACCAGCACCGAGAAAGCGACGUGUUGUCAACGAGGCAGAAAGAAGAUGGAGAGAACAAAACAAUGCACGCCAAUAUCAAAGUCGCAUACAACCAGAUAAUGGCCAGAGUAAAAAGACAGGCAACUCCACCAAAGACGACCCGUCAACCUGGGAUUUAGAUUCCACUGAGCUCGCAGACGAGUUACAAAGCAUUGCUAUGGAAGCAGCUAGCGCAAUGCCAGUUGUUACUACAGAGACGAAAACACUGCCACCAGCACCUAAGGUAUACCUACCGACGAUCUCGCCCGUUCUCAAGUACAAGCCAAAACUACCCAAGCGCCAGCGCGGCAGGCGAGGGAGGCGAUUUGGUAUAUUUGAUGGAGCCGAUGAGUCAGGUGAAUCAUCGGCCGCUGAUACUUUGCACCCCUCUCCUGGAACCACUGGCUUAGAAAAUAUUUCUGCUUUGAAAGAAGCCCUUGAAGAGCAUGUUAUGUUGGACAAGGAAUGGAAAGAUAAUGAUUCUGAUUAUGUAUACGAUGUAUUUAUUCGACGCCCUGUCCAGGAGUUUGCAGAUGACCCCAAAUUUCUACAUAUCCAGCAAGGGUAUUGGUCCAUCGAAGGCGAAAAGGCACCCACAAAUAUUGGUGUUGUUGUUAUCUCAGAAAAAGAUAUGCACUAUUGGAAUGAGCUUGCUGAGGAUGACGAUGACGAGUCAUAUUGGAACACUGGCGAUGAGGAUUCAAAUGCGGAGGAUAAUCCCGCAAAUGAAUACCCUGAUGAAGACCUCGACAUUGAAGAUGAAUUUGACGACGUGAAUGCUGCAUACAACAAAUAUAGGCGUUAUGGAUCUGACGAUGAACAGUAUGAUAUGAAUGAAAUUGACGAGCAUAGAUUCAAGCCGACUACUCAUGAUAGUUCAGCUGAAGAGGCAUCCGAUGCUGAAAAAAGAUAUCCAUGGGGGCGCUAA